AUGAAAACGGGGGAGGGCAAGACCCUGGUCGCCACCCUGCCGGCAUUUCUGAACGCGGUCACCGGCGACGGGGUCCACAUCGUCACCGUCAACGACUACCUGGCCCGGCGUGACCCGAUUUGGAUGGGGCCCAUCUACCACCUGCUCGGCCUCACCGUGGGUUGCCUGCAGCACGAUGCGGCAUUCCUCUACGACCCCGAGCUGACCGACGUGGGCCGCGGCGGCUACCAAUACCUGGUUCCGGUGUCCCGCGCAGAGGCGUACCGGGCUGACAUCCUCUACGGCACCAACAACGAGUUUGGCUUCGACUACCUGCGCGACAACAUGGCGGUGAACGCCGAACUCCAGGUGCAGACCCGUGCCGCCGACCGGCCGGCGCAUCACUUCGCCAUCGUUGACGAGGUGGACAACAUCCUGAUCGACGAGGCUCGUACUCCGCUGAUUAUCAGCGGUCCCGCCCAGCAGCCGGUGGAGCACUAUUCCAACUGCGCCCGGCUGGCGCCCCGCCUGCGGGAGUACGAAGACUACACCGUGGAUGAGCGCACCCAGGCCAUCUCACUCACCGAGGACGGCAUCGGCAGGGCCGAGAGGCACAUGCGGGUCGAUAACCUCUACGAUCCCGAGAACUUCCACCUCGUCCAGUACGUGGAGAACGCGGUGGUAGCCCAGGUGCAGAAGGUCAAGGACAAGGACUACGUGAUCAGCGACGGCGAGGUGGUCAUCGUUGACGAGUUCACCGGUCGCUUGCAGUACGGCCGGCGCUGGUCCGACGGGCUCCACCAGGCGGUUGAGGCGAAGGAGGGCGUGAAGCUGUCCGGCAUGACCGGUACCGCCGUCACCGAGGCCGACGAGUUCUACAAGAUCUACGGCCUCGAGGUGGUUGCGGUUCCUACCAACGUUCCCAUGGUGCGGGACGAUUCCAGCGAUCUGAUCUUCCCCACUGCGGAAGGCAAGUGGCAGGCGGUGAUAGACAACAUCGUCCAACGGUCGGAAUCGGGCCAACCGGUGCUGGUCGGCACGACCUCCAUCGAGACCUCGGAAUCCCUCAGCGAUCGCCUGCGCCGUGGGGGCGUGCGGCACCAGGUGCUCAACGCCCGCAACCACGAGCAGGAGGCGACCAUCGUCUCCCAGGCCGGUCGCGCCGGCACGGUCACCGUGUCUACCAACAUGGCCGGCCGGGGCACCGACAUUGUGCUGGGCGGCGCGGACACCGACCGUCAGGACUGGCAGGAGGAGCACAACCGCGUCAUCACGCUGGGGGGCCUCCACGUCAUCGGCACCGAGCACCACGAGGCUCGGCGCGUCGACAACCAGCUACGGGGUCGCGCCGGGCGCCAGGGCGAUCCCGGCAGCAGCCAGUUUUUCGUCGCCCUUGAGGACGAGUUGAUGCAGCGCUUCGGCGGUGACCGCAUCAAGAACGUGAUGAACUGGACCGGCCUCAACGACGACGAGCCGCUGGAGAACAAGCUCAUCACCAAGUCCAUCUCCAGCGCGCAGGUCAAGGUCGAGGGCCAUCACUUCGACAUGCGGAAGCACCUGCUCAACUUCGACGACGUGCUCAACCAGCAACGCUCCGUGAUCUACGAGCAGCGCUCCCGCAUCCUGGCCAGCCUGGGCCUCCGCGAGCGCAUCCUGGACAUGCUGGGCGCGGAGUUUGACCGGCUGGUUUCCGCCCACCUGCAGGCCCGGCACGCCGAUGACUGGGACGCGGACGGGUUCGUGGGCGCGCUGCGGCAAAUCUGCCCGCCGCCGGAUGAGCUGGACACGCCGGAGAAGGUUCUGGCGCUGCGCCGAGAUCAUAUCGAGGAAAUCCUCGACGGGUACGCGGAAACCCUCUACGAGGCCAAGGAGCGCACCCUGGGUCCCGAGGACAUGGAGACCCUGGUACGGCUGCUGCUGCUCAAGUCCAUCGAUACCCACUGGGUCAAUCACCUGACCCACAUGGAAAACCUGCGCACGGGCGUGGGGCUCCAGGCCGUGGGGCAACGGGACCCGUUGACGGUCUAUCGCUCCGAGGGGCAGCGCGCCUUCACGGAGUUGACCCGCCAGAUGCAGCGAGAGGUUACCCACACGCUCUUCCACGUCACGUUGGCUCCGGAAGCGCCGACGACCCGGGCUCAGGCCAACGGCAGCGCCCCGCGCGCCGGUGAGCCCCAUGGCCGCCGUAUCGCCGGGCCGGUCGACUCCCGCACCGCGCGCCGGCCGCAAGAUCGGCAGGAACUCCCAGUGUCCCUGCGGCAGCGGCAAGAAAUUCAAGCGAUGUUGCGGUGCGGCUGCCUGAUGGUCGUUGGCGCCGGCUAG